AUGGUUCUUACACAUUCACAUUAUUGGAGAGAAAGAUUAUCAAUGAACCCACAUGCUCUUCUUCUUCUGAUCCUCUGCUUCUUCAUCAUUCACCACUGCGACGCGUCGAGAGUCUCUUCACCGUCAAGCGUUUUCUACAGAAACCCCAAUAAUGAUCACAACAAAAACACUAUGAGGAGAGGCCAUUUCUUAGGGUUCUUGCCAAGACACUUCCCUGUUCCAGCUUCAGGUCCUUCACGAAAACACAACGACAUUGGUAUACAAGCCUUGCUGUCUCCAUGA